AUGGGACUCGGCAAAUAUGUGAGCUCGCUACUCGUGAUUGCGAUUAACUGCAUCCUAGCGCUAGGAGGAUCUCUGGUGCUUUACGUCGGGAUCUACUUACGACAUACGGGCUGGAUAGAGGUGCUCCAAAACUAUUGGUCUCCGAUCAAUGACAUCGUCACAGCGCUUAUCGUUGCUGGCAGUGUCAUCAUUGGGCUAGCCGUGCUCGGAUCUAUCGCUGCAUUAUGUCGUUGGCACUUUGGGUUGUAUAUUUACGCAGCUCUAGUGCUACUUCUCUCCAUCUCGUUCGUGAUAGUAGCGAUGGCUACCUUUGUGUUGAGAAAUCGUGCUAUUGACUGGGAAAGCUCGACAUAUCCAGCCAACAGUGACGAGGAAUUGGUGAAAGAAAAAUUUGACCAAGUAUACUGCUACGCGCAAGCCGCAUAUAUUUGCAACCAGGCUUCAGUCUCGGACGCACUAGAAAUGUUCGCUCCGGCACUGGACUUGUCCAUCGCAGCGUUAUUUACAAACAUGACUGGUGGGGUCAAUGCCCUUUGCGAUGACUACUUGAACGACUACGAACUGAUCUCGGGUGUGUGCGAUGGAUGCGACAAAGCACGACAAUUCAAGAACUUCUCGUCAGUGAUUGACUGGGCGAAUGAAAAGUGUCCGAGGACUGCCAAGACAUUGGAGUUCUGCGGCGUCUUCCUUAACAUUGGCGACAGCAAGAGCUCGUCCGGAACGGCUCCGUAUUCGGAAUGCCGAAUAGAGUUUUUGAAUCUCGUGGAAAAGUACGCACUCUGGCUUGGUAUCGCUAGCGUGAUUAUUUGCGCCGGAGCGCUCAUGGUGAUCACCUUUGUCUGUAUGUUGCUGUUUCGCGAUCAGCGCCCACUUGGCACAUGGACUCUUCUCAGUACGCCAAAGCAGCAUUAA